AUGGCGAUGCACAACAAGGCGGCGCCGCCGCAGAUCCCCGACACCCGGCGGGAGCUGGCGGAGCUCGUGAAGCGGAAGCAGGAGCUGGCGGAAACACUGGCAAACUUGGAGAGACAGAUCUAUGCCUUUGAAGGAAGCUACCUGGAAGACACGCAGAUGUAUGGCAACAUUAUUCGUGGCUGGGAUCGGUAUCUGACCAACCAAAAAAACUCCAAUAGCAAAAACGACAGAAGGAACCGGAAGUUUAAGGAAGCAGAGCGGCUCUUCAGUAAAUCCUCAGUUACUUCAGCAGCUGCAGUGAGUGCUUUGGCAGGAGUUCAGGACCAGCUCAUUGAAAAGAGGGAGCCAGGAAGUGGGACGGAAAGUGACACUUCUCCAGACUUCCACAAUCAGGAAAACGAGCCCAGCCAGGAGGACCCUGAGGAUCUGGAUGGAUCUGUGCAGGGAGUGAAACCUCAGAAGGCUGCUUCUUCCACCUCCACAGGGAGUCAUCACAGCAGCCAUAAAAAGCGAAAGAAUAAAAACCGGCACAGCCCGUCUGGCAUGUUUGAUUAUGACUUUGAGAUUGAUCUGAAGUUAAACAAAAAACCACGAGCUGACUAUUAG